AUGGCUCACGAAGGCCUGAUGCAACCCAUACUGAAGAGGCAGGAGAGGCAGACCCGAGACCGUGGGGUGACCAGAUCCAAAGCUGAAAAGGCUCGACCACCCACAGUACUCAUGCCACAGGUGGAGAUUGUGCCUGGGCGGCUCAACGAGACUGAGUGGAUGGCCCUGGCCACUAUUGAGGAAGGCGAGGACGUGGUGGGAGACAUCUUGGCCGACCUGCUGGCCCGAGUCAUGGACUCUGCCUUCAAAGUCUACCUGUCCCAGCAGUGUAUCCCAUUCACCAUCAGUCAGGCCCGAGAAGCCAUGCUGCAGAUCACAGAGUGGCGCUUCCUGGCCCGGGACGAGGGAGAGUCUGAGGUGGCUGCAGACCCCACGUGGGGUGAAGAUGAGGAGCCCUUGGCAUGCACUACAGAUGCCUGGGCUCAGGGCUCAGUGCCUGUACUGCACACACCCAACUCUGUGGGGCCAGAGGAGAUCUUCCAAGGUGAAGAACAAGGGAGUGUGGACCACAGCUCUGUAAGAUCUUGGAUAAGUAGAGGCUCCCAGGAGCAGAUGGAAUCUGGGGAGUGGUCCCCAGAGCUGGGAGUAAGCCCAAGGCCACUGACCAACCUGGAGCUGUUUCAGGAGGCAGAGCCCAGGGCACCUUUAGAGGAGCAGGAUGACCAGGAGAGUGACCGCCUCUGCUCAGUCAGCUCCUUCAACGGGAGCUUCCAACCUUCAGUGGAAAUGCCCAUUGACAGUCCACAGUCUCCUCAAGAGCAGUUCCUGGAAACCAGCCCCCAGAUCUCUGAGGAGUUAGGGCAGCCCCUCGACUCCCAGUUCUUGCUGGAGGACCUUUAUUAUUGCACCUCUCAGCCCAACAGCACAGAGGACUGGGCCACACUCCAAAAGGAGGAGAGUUCCCUCAUCCCCUCGGACACCUCAGAUGCGUCAGUGUCCUGGGCCUCUCAGGAUACUCCCACUGGGCUCAGCUCCUCAGUGUCACUCAGGCUGCUGCAGCCUUGGUGCACUGAAGCGCAGUUGAAAGCGCCUAGCUAUAGGGGGAUGGUGCCCCUGGACCCGGCACGGCUGCCACGCCACUGGGUGCGCCCUCUGGCAGAGGUCUUGGUCCCAGACACCGAGGCACACCCCAUGGAAGCUUACUGUAGGUACCGACGGAACAAGAAGGCUGUAGCCCGUAUGGCACCCCAAACCCGGUGCCGCAGCUACCGAGUCUGCUCGGCAGGUUUUUCCCCUCUCCAGCCUGAUGAUUCUUUCCAUGCCUUGAGCCCUGGCCUCGACCUCCAUUACCCCACUUUAGAUACGUCAUUGCCAGCCUUCGGGUCAAAGCUGUCCUUCCCCAGCCCUGGACUGCGCUUCCUUGCCCCCCACGCAGUGCUCUCCAAGGUAGCCCGAAGCCCCAGCCCCAAGCUAUGGCCCAGUGCCAGCUGGCCCUGUGGCUGCGAGGGGGAGGCAGAGCUGCUGGGUGAGCUGUGGGCUGGCCGCACCCGUGUGCCUCCACAGGGCUUGAACCCCUUUGACCGAGAGGGCCCAGUUUCUCAAAGGUGGCCUCAGUCUGCACCUCGGAUGCUUGAGGCCACCUCCCAGAUGAUGUGGAAACCCUUGCUGGUGCCAGAUGCCCUGAAAUUGUCUCCUGGUGUGAGCCUGUGGGACCCUGUAACUCAGACACUGAUCAGUUCUGGGGGCCCUCGCCAAUACAAGGAAGACUACAUCCUUUGUCCCACACAGCAGCACCCCAUCAAGACAAGUGCUCCAAAGCCUGAGGUGACGGUGGAACAGCUAGUAAAGAACUCAACCCCUAAAGUGUGGACAUUACCUUCCAACCAUCUGCCCCAUUCUGGGCCCUGA